AUGCAUUGGCCAUCCAGUCGAGCUGCGCUUUGGGUCCCCGCACCGAGCGCCCAGCGGGCUUUGCACGCCACACGGCCGUCCCCAAGGUUGUGGGGUGGCACGCGCAUUGCAAAGCGCCGCCCCAUCUCGCGCCAAGUGCAGCAAAGCAUCGACCAAGUCUUUGCAGCUGCGCGCGUGCGCUUCGAUCAAAAAAUUGUGCGCCCACCGAUUGUGCGAGCGAUUGCGUUUUUUGCGGGAAUAUCGACGGUAACGCUGCUUGGAUGCGCGGCAUGGUCUGUUGCCAAGACCGAGUCUCUGGGGCAGGACAUAUCAGCGGGGUUCUGGACGCCCGUCACAUCGCUGCUUUCGAAUCAGAACGGCGCCCAACGGCUGGCCAUGGCCGCGGACAAAAAACAGGUACAAUGCAUUAACCACGCGCUGUACACUACAGACCAGUGGCUUCAAGUUCUUCCCCGCGUUGUGCGCGAGCCCAUCCUGCGGUUCGGCGCAAUGACUGGCGAAUGGUACACGUCGCUGCCCAACUACCAGCAAGCCGCAGCGCCCAUCGUUUUCAUUAACGCACUCGUCUUUGCUGCCUGGCUAGUCGGCCCACGGCUGCGCACCACGGCGUGGAUGACGCACAAUGCUACUCACCGACCAGCGUCUGGCCUGGUCUUUACGAUGCUCACAUCUGUAUUUAGCCACAAGGCGCCGAUGCAUUUUCUCUUCAACAAUGUGGCGCUCUGGUCGGUGGGUGGCAGUGCCCUGACGGGCCUCGCAGUCUUGCAGGCUAUGAAUGGGCCGGCCACGGUCCCUGAAGCUACGGCACUGCCUCAAUUUGUAGCAUUCUUUGUGUCUGCCGGUACCUUUGCUUCGCUCGCGAGCCAUUUGGUGAUUGCAGUGCGCUGGCGCAUCGCGGCCGAAACGCUGCGUAUUUCGUCACGAAACCUCACGCGCGCCAUGUCUACGGCCAAGGUGCGAUUUGCCAACCAGACUCGCAAUACAGCUGUCCAGCUCGCGCUGCUUGCACAGCGUGCAAGCCUGGGCGCAAGCGGCGCAAUUUACGCCGCGUUUAUGCUCUCUGCCUGUGCGUUCCCACAAGCGAGUCUCAGCAUCAUUUUCUUGCCGUUCACUGCGAUUCCCAUCCAAUGGGGCAUGGCCGGGCUUGUCACACUUGACAUCAUUGGCAUUGUGCGCGGCUGGCAAGCGUUUGAUCAUGUCGCGCAUCUCGGCGGCGCAUUGUUUGGUCUGUUUUACUACAUGUACGGCGCGGAGGCGUGGAAUUCGGCAAAGCGGUUUGCCGCGUACAUAAGGCAUGGGAAGCCCACGCCGCAGUAUACAUAA